CUUUUUUCUUUUUCUUUUUUUUUUUCCGACCCGCCGAGUGGCAUGAGAAUCGCAUCUAAGCUCGCAAUAGCCUGGCGAGACGAUGAGCGAAGGCCGCAGGCGAUUCGAAUAAAAAGCCUUUCUUCAGGUCUCUGGAGCCGUCUGAUGGCGAUUUUCUCUUCCUCGUCGUCGGAACCCUCGGGGACGGGCACCAGGGCGUGGAUCCUCCACGGGCUCGUGCUCGGAUCCGCCGUCGCCGCGGCGGCGGCCGGUGGCUACGCCGCCCUACGCCGGUUCGGGAAGUUUCGAAGCAGGGCGGUGGGGAUCAUCCCUGCUCGCUUCAACUCCUCGCGCUUCCAGGGCAAACCCCUCGUCCCAAUCCUCGGCAAGCCCAUGAUCCAAAGGACAUGGGAGAGAGCAAAGUUGGCUUCUACUCUGGACCAUGUUGUUGUGGCGACAGAUGAUGAAAAGAUUGCAGAAUGUUGUCGAGGAUUUGGAGCUGAUGUGAUAAUGACAUCAGAAUCUUGCCAAAAUGGCACUGAACGCUGCUAUGAAGCUCUUCAAAAGCUCAAAAGAAACUAUGAUAUUGUUGUGAACAUUCAAGGAGAUGAACCCCUUAUUGAACCAGAGAUAAUAGAUGGUGUAGUUCAAGUUUUGCAGAGAACUCCUGAUGCUGUGUUCGGUACUGCUGUCACAUCUUUAAAACCUGAAGAUGGACCUGACCCCAACCGGGUGAAGUGUAUAGUGGACAAAUUUGGUUAUGCAAUAUAUUUCUCUAGGGGUUUGAUUCCUUAUAACAAGUCAGGGAAAGUCAAUCCACAGUUUCCAUAUUUACUUCACCUGGGCAUUCAGGUUUGUGAUUUUAUUUUUUUGAAAAAAAAGAAAGGGAAGGUUUGUGACUUACUGGUCUUUUUUGUGUUGUCUUGUAUCUUGUCCAAGAAUGGUUUGUCUGGUUGUGAUGCAUUUUUAAUGCAUUAUUUUUGCAAUUAUCUGCUAGUACUGAUAUUCCUUUUUUUUCUAGCCAGAGUUAUGAUUCAAAGUUUCUUAGGAUAUAUCCGCAACUUCCACCCACUCCAUUGCAACUAGAAGAAGACCUAGAGCAACUGAAAGUUCUUGAGAAUGGAUACAAGAUGAAGGUAAUCAAGGUUCAACAUGAUGCGCAUGGUGUAGAUACUCCUGAAGAUGUUGAAAAGAUAGAAACACUGAUGCGACAAAGAAACAUUCUGUAAGAAGCCUGAAAAGAUCGCGUGAAAAUCUGUCAUGGCUCUGUUGGAAACAACAUUGCGUUCCAAUUGGUUUCUCCAAGUUACAUGCAAAUAGGAGGAUUUGAGUUAAGUUGCAUUGAAGAGCAAUUACAAAAUCAACAAGAUAUAAGUCAACAGAUGAUUUAUAGCUAUUUACAUUGCCAGAGGCCCAGAGCAAUCGCAGAAACAAUAAAGAAAACACCAGAGGUGUUUUAGCUCCGUGAUACUUAAAUGAACAGUAGUCCAGAAUUGAAGUCUUUGCCAAAUGAUGGAAGUACAUCUGUUUUGUACAAAUUUUGACAUUUUGUAUUUUAUCAUUUGAGAUGCUAAUAUCUAAGCUCUAGGUUCUAAUUUGGGGGGCCCUAGUCAUUUAAAAAGAGUGAAAUCCCUGACUAAAAGUGCCUGAUGAUCUGAUGAUGAUAUCUUGAAGAAGACGUGUUGUAGGUAACUUUGUAUUGCUUAAUCGUUUUAUGUGAUCAGAUCAAAAUUUGCCUAAUUGAAUGAUCACUUGAAAGA